GAAGACAUCACUAGUCUACUGCGGCUCUCUGCAGCAUCUAAGCCAAAACGCUCACAUGCUGUAUUUUUACUCUCUGGAAAAAAAGGGUAAAGAUAAAAAUGCUACUUCCUUUCGGCUUCGAACCCUUGCCGGCGCUCUCGCCUUCUCUUCCCCCACGCCCUCAAUUCUCCACUCACCGCCCCCUCACUCCUUUCUCUAGUACGAAGACAUCUCUUCGAUGGGUCCUCCCUUUCCUCCACCUCCGCACUCCGACGCUCUUGUCUCACGUUGCUUCCUCCGCCACUGUCGAGCCAUUGCAGCAUCCAGAAAAGCUACAGAAUGGGGAGAUGGAUAUGAGUCUCGAGGAAGGAUAUGACGAAGAAACAGAGAUGGAUCAUUUCAAGGCGGAAUCAUUACUAGAUAUCUAUGCCGACAAGGACGCGAGGCAUCUUCCCUCGCCGGAGGUGGAGGUUAUGCAACUUGAAGAUCUUCCUGAUCAGUGGAAGCGGUCUCGGAUUGCUUGGCUCUGUAAGGAGUUACCGGCUCACAAGCAAGGCACCCUUGUCAGAAUUCUCAACGCGCAGCGCAAGUGGAUUAGACAAGGGGAUGCAACCUAUGUCACCGUCCAUUGCAUGCGUAUUCGCGAGAACGAAGCCGCUUACAGAGUAUACAGUUGGAUGUCACAGCAGCACUGGUUCCAUUUCGAUUUUGCUCUUGCAACCAAACUGGCGGAUUAUCUGGGCAAGGACCGAAAAUUCACAAAAUGUCGAGAGAUAUUUGAUGCCAUGAUCAAGCAAGGUCGGGUUCCCGCUGAAUCGACAUUUCAUAUCCUCACAGUUGCUUAUCUCAGUUCACCGAUUGAAGGAUGCAUCGAGGAGGCGUGUUUCAUCUACAACAAAAUGAUCCAGUUAGGUGGGUAUAGGCCAAGGCUCAGCUUGCACAAUUCUCUUUUCCGAGCCCUCUUGGGCCAGCCUAGAAGGGUUUCAAAACAUCAGCUCAAGCAAGCUGAAUUCAUUUAUCACAAUCUGAUAACAUGUGAUCUUGAUGUACAAAAGGAUAUCUAUGCUGGGCUUAUCUGGUUGCAUAGUUAUCAGGAGUCAAUUGACCGAGAGAGGAUUGAUGCCCUGCGGGGUGAGAUGAAAAGUGCAGGAAUUGAGGAGGGCAAAGAUUUGCUGAUCUCAAUCUUGAGGGCCUGCUCAAAGCUCGGUGAUGUUGAGGAGGCAGAGAAAAUAUGGCUCAAGCUGCUUGCAUCUGAAUAUGCACUCCCUUCUCAAGCCUUUGUCUACCGGAUGGAGCUCUAUUCCAAGGCGGAUGAUCCUAUGAAAUCACUCGAAAUAUUCAAGGAUAUGAAGAAAGGAGCCAUGCCCGUUACUGUCAGUGCUUACCACAAAAUCAUUCAAGUCAUGACAAAGGCCAAUGAACUUGAUAUUGCAGAGACUCUUGUGGAUGAACUUGCUGAAAGCGGUUUGAAGCCACUUAAUCCUGCCUUUCAUGAUCUAAUGAGUCUGUACUUGAAACGAGGAUUGCACAAUAAAUUGGAAAUGUCAUUCUCUAAAUGUCUUACAAGGUGCCAUCCCAAUAGAAGUAUUUAUGGCAUAUACUUGGAAUCACUUGUAAUGGUUAAUGACCUUGAGAAGGCUGAGCAAAUUUUUAAUGAAAUGCAAACGAAUGGGACAAUUGGUGCUAGCGGCCAUUCAUGCAAUGUAAUUUUACGUGGGUAUUUAGCUGCAGAUGAUUAUGAAAAGGGUGUGAAGGUAUAUAAUAUAAUGCGUCUGAAAAAAUACGAUGUAGAGCCAGAUUCUAUAGAAAAGAUGGAGCGGUUUCUUGACCAUAAUAAAAAAAUAGUUAGGAAAUCUAUCAGUUUGAAACUCGAUGAAGAACAGCGUGAGAUCUUGAUUGGUUUGCUGCUAGGAGGGGCUGAAAUAGUCUUGGAUGAAAAUAAGAAGAAGCAUUCAAUUCUAUUCAAAUUCAAUGCAAGAUCUGAUAUCCAUUCUGCAUUGAGAAUGCACAUACAUGAAAGAUUUUAUGAGUGGUUAACUCCUAGUAGAUCAACUGAUGACCAUGAGAUACCUUACCAAUUUUCAACAAUAGCUCACCCUUACUUCAGCUUCUUUGCUAACCAAUUCUGGUAUAAAGAUCGGCCUAUGAUUCCGAAGCUCAUCCAUCGAUGGCUAUCAGUUCGAGUAUUAGCAUAUUGGUAUAUGUAUGGUGGGUUCAAAACCUCAGCAGAAGAUAUAUUACUUAAGCUAAGGGGUGCAAAACGUGAAGAUAUUGACAAAAUUUUAAAGAAACUUCAGGGGAAAGACAUAGCCACGAAGGUGAAGAAGAAGGGAAGAUUUUUCUGGAUAGGUUUUCAAGGAACCGAUGCAGUUCGGUUCUGGAAUCUGAUAGAACCUUUUCUCCUACAAAAUGUGAAAGAUCUACUGAUGCCAAAUAAUGAUGCCAUUGGAAGUGAUGAUGGAGAUGUUCUUAAUAAGAGAUCUGAUUCUGAUGUGCACAAAUCUGGUGAAGACUUGACGUGAUCUUCUUAUAAGACUAGAGACCGCAAAGCCUCUUCGAUCGUCGAUGUCGUCUAAUGCAUUUAAUCCAGUGUUGCUUGCUGCUUUGAAGCGUGAGGUUUGAAGUGGAUUAGGAAAGAUGCUGACGCCUACUCUGUCUUCUCACUUAUCAACAAUCAACCACUGCCACCAUUCCAAGCUAACUGUUCCAGUACUUGAAGUAGGUGUGGUGUCUUCACGCUAACUAAUCAAUUUUGCCUACCUAACAAUCCCUUUAAUUCCGUCUCCAUGCAAUUGCUGCAUAUAUAAUCUAAUCAAACAAAGAGUUUUCUGCACCAAACAAAUAUAUAUAUGUUAUAAUUUUGAUUAAAAUAGAGAUAAAGAAAUACUUGUUAUAAUCACGGCAAACAAAAUGCUGAAAACCAUCAAGUGAACUGAACUUCUAAUUUGAUGUUUUAUCUGCGUGGAUAUUUAGAAAAAGAAAACAGAGAAUGUGACAUGAAUGUUUGUGAAUGCAUCCAGAUAGAAGAAUUAUGGGUUAAUCAAAACUACCAUUCGAACGGCAAAUAUAACGGUGAGGACCGGCCCGGCAAUCUUUUUUGUGAAACCAAAGGAAUAAAGGAUACGGAUAUAUAUUCAUGUUCAUGUUCAUGUAAGCGGUCGAUGAUGAUCGGAUAAUAUAGAAGGAUGGAGGUGGCCGCACAGAGGCGGAAGGUGUCAGUUUGGGCCAAAUCAACGAUCGACAGAACGGGAGCAAUCUCUGAGAUGUGAUUUGGUCAGAUUGAGCAAGCAAAGACUGUUGAUUUUUGUUCUAGAUCAGUGUUGAGCCGGAUUGGUGCAAAUCCGGCGUUAUAAGGCGGCUGCAAUUUGGUGGUGGCAAUGAGAUCCGGUGGAGCCAUGGAUACAUCCAUCUCGAUGGCGGAGAAGACUUAAAUCUAUCAGGUGGUUACACAUCCCGUUAAAAUUGAUGUGAUGAAAUUUGACGACAAUGGAAACUUUGAUAUGUGACGAUGUGAGGUGAUGGAUGCAUUGUGGUAUCUAAAUCUUGAGAAAGUAAUGGAUGGCGAGGAACAUCUUGAGGAGAUUUCAGAGAGAGGUUGGCUAAAGAUGAAUAUGAGUGCUUGUGGUUUGAUCAGAAAUUGUUUAUCUCAGAAGAUCAAGUAUGAGGUGAUAAUGGAGACUUCUACUGUGAAACUGUGGAAGAUUUUGGAGAUUAAGUAAUUGACAAAGAGAGUGAAGAAUCGUCUCCAUAUGAAAUGCCUGUUCUACAUAUUUUAGAUAGGACAUGUGAUUACUAUUGAUAACAUUUGAAUAAUUUCACAAAGUUGUUGGCAGAUCUUUUGAAUUUGGAUGAGGAGGCUGGAGAUGAAGAUAUGACACUCAUUUUAUUGAAGUCGCUCCCGCAUGCAUGAGUAUGAAAACUACACGAUGAUACUGAACUACGUGAAGAUACUCAUUGGAAGGAGGAUUUGAACUAUGGUGAGAUGACUACUGCGUUGCUGAAUCACGAGUUCUGAUGUUGUGAUAAGGAAUUUGCAAAGAUGAAUUCCGUAGAGGAUCUCACACUCCAACGUGAAAGAUCUGAAAAACAAAAGAAUAAAAAGGACGACAACAAUAAGCAAUGCAAGUCUUGUGGGCUCAGUCUUGAGAAGAAUCAGUGUACUAUAUGUUUAGAAACUAGUCAUUGGAAGAAAUAUUGCUUGAAGCUGAAGGAAAAAGAAAAUAAAGUUUUCAAUUGAGGCUAAGGAAAACCUUAAGCGUGGAUGAGCGUGACGAAGACUCAGGUGCAUCAUUAUUUGUAAUUACUCAAAGUUUGUAUAUAGAUGUUUCAUGCUGGAUUCUGGAUACUGGUGCUACCUAUCACUUUUGUCUUAGUACAGAGUAGUUCAAACUAGCAGGGAGUUUGAUAGUGUUGUUGUGUUCAUGGGAAAUGAUCAAACUUAUCGUACAAUUUGUGUAGGGAUCAUCGCAUCAGAAUGCAUGAUGAUACUAUGAGAGAGCUUACUGAUGUGAGAAACGUUCCAGAAAAAGUUUGUUGUCUGUUGGGGCUUUAGAGACCAAAGUCUACAUGAUAGUUAUUGAGGCAAGAGUUCUGAAGACAUAUUACGGAGCAUUGAUUUUUUUGAAAGAAGUUUUUCAUCAUAAUAUUUACUACCUUCAGGAUAAAAGGGUGAUUAGAAUGGAUGUUGUUGCUGAUAAUUCUUCCGGUGUCACUACGUUGUGGCAUAUGUGGCUAUCUUAUGCUGAAGAUGCUUCUCUUAUGAAUUUGGUGAAGAAAUGACUAAUUAAAAGAGAAAGUACUUGCAAGCUCAACUUUUAUUAAUAUUGUGUGUUUGAUAAGAAGACAUGGGUAUCCUUUGAUACUGCCAUCCACAAUAUAAAUGAUAUUAUAGAGUAUGUUCGCACAAAUGUUUGGGGCUUAAUGGAGACAUCAUCAUUCGACA